ACUUAACGGGGAGGUACUAAGGAGCAGCAGCAGCAGUGCUGACGCCGGCUAUGGUCCAACCACACGCGCUCGUCAGAGACAAUCUCGAACGGGUUGCUGAUCGCUGGGAGAUCGAGAUAGGCCAGAUGGGUUUAGAAAGCAAAGAAAAGAUAAAAACGAAAGUGAGGAGGGGUCGAAAGGACUGGAUGAGACGGCCGAAUUGAAGGGAAAAUGAAUGAACGCUGGACAGGCUUGGAGAGGCGAUCGAUCGGGAAAAGAAGAUGGGAGAAAAGCAGAGCAACCAACUUUGGUUCUGAAAAACCCGGUUGUGACCGUCAGACGGGGCGGUACCGAAUACGACCCUCCGGUACAAGGUACCAUCCAUACAUCCUCAUACGGAACCCCAAAGCGACCCGAUGGGAAAGUACCUGCACAGCCACACCCCGACCAAGGCUGGUUGGCGCUGGGGACAAAGAUGCAGCAAAAAGACCAAGAUCAUACGAUACAAUCCUUGGAGACCUUCAAAAGUACUGUCUGCUUUGUGUUUCUUGGUCUUACACUCCUUAUCUUCUGGAAGCCUCAAAGAGAUGGCCUCAUCGCGCGCGACUAGGAGACUGCCCGAUCGUCAGGAGACACUAUCAUCUUGCGCCACAGGGAGCACGUGGGCCUGCAAGGUAUCAGGCAUACGAGGCGGUACCGGACGACAAUACCGCACCAGGCAAUUGCGGGAGAUACCGUCGCUCGAUGAUACGGUACCUUACUACAACCACAAGGCACCGGCUUAUAGCAGAACGGUAGAACCAGAGUCCAGCAAAUUAAUGACGUCUAUUACCCCACUGCUGAAACAUCCGGAGGGCCGGCAAUGAAGCUCUCUUUGAUU